UUUCUUUUAACCUGGCUUCCUUUGAAGAAGUGACUCAGGCAGCUUCAUGGCCUCUCAAGAUACCCUAGGCCAGACCUACAAAACUGUACAAGAGCCUCUUCCUGGUUUUCCAGACCCUCCAGAUCAAGCCAGAUCUUCAGAAACUAUCAUCACCUGGAAACAAGCUCAUUCUCCUGCUGCUUUGCCUCCGGGUUUGGAAUACUUAAGCCAGUUGGACCAGAUAAUUAUUCAUCAGCAAGUGGAGCUUCUUCAAGUUAUACUGGGGACUGAGACCUGUAGCAAGUAUGAAAUAAAAAACCACAUGGGACAAAGAGUGUACUUUGCAGUAGAGGAAAAUGGCUGCUUUGAUCGCAACUUCUGCUCACCAUUACGGGCUUUCACCAUGAGGAUUAUGGACAACACUGGUCGAGAGGUGAUCACUGUAAAUAGACCUUUAAGAUGUAAUAGCUGCUGGUUUCCAUGUUACCUGCAGGAGGUGGAAGUUCAGUCUCCUCCUGGGACCACAGUUGGCUAUGUUGUACAGACAUGGGACCCUCUUCUCCCUAAAUUCAUGAUCAGGAAUGAGAAUAAUGAGGAUGUCUUAAAGAUAAUAGGCCCUUAUGCGACAUGUGGUUGCUUUGGCGAUGUUGACUUUGAGGUAAAAUCUAUAACUGAUAUGUCAACAAUUGGCAAGAUUUCCAAGUAUUGGUCUGGAUUUGUCAAUAACAUCUUCACCAAUACCGCAAACUUUGGUAUUCAGGUCCCUAUAGAUCUUGAUGUAAAAAUCAAGGCUGUAAUGAUUGGUGCUUGCUUUCUUCUAGAUUUAAUGUUCUUUGAGAACUCCUUGGAUGGAUUGUAAUAAGCAAGAUGAUUGGAACAAUAAAAUAUGCAAACACUUCACACUCCCUUGAACUCUGGAUAUUUCAAACUGUACAAUCCCACGGGUAUUUUUUUUUUUUUUUUU